ACAAUAUUUGAGAUUGUGAUCAGUUUGUUUAAUUUGCAAGAGAGAAUUAAUGGAAAAGUUGAUCAGUUUUGUGGUUGUUUUGGGUGUUGCUGCUUCAGUUCUUUUACAAUGCGCGGCAGCACAAACAGUGCAUGUGGUGGGAGAUAGCUCCGGUUGGGUUGUUCCACAAGGUGGCGCUGCCACAUAUCAGACUUGGGCUGACAACAAUAACUUCCUCGUUGGUGAUAUUCUAAUGUUCAACUUCAGCACAGGGGAGCACAACGUCGUUCAAGUACCAAAAGAAUCCUUCGACUCCUGCACCUCAGCCAACCCCAUUGGGAACACCAUCACCGCCGGCCCGGCUAACAUCACUCUUUCUGACGCAGGCAACCACUAUUACAUCUGCACCAUCGGACAGCACUGCCAGCUUGGUCAGAAAUUAGCCAUUACCGUCUCCGGCACUCCAGGUGGCGCCCCUACGCCUACUAGUCCACCCUCCACUCAAACUCCUCCUACCACGCCUUCUCCCAAAUCAGGGACCCCCCCUGCUGAUUGCACUCCAACCCCUACAUCGUCCCCUGCUCCAUCUCCCAAGGACGGCGGACCCACGCCGCCUGACUCUUCUUCAUCUGGCGUCUUUGCUACUUUCUUGGUCUCGUUGUUGCCCAUUGCCGCGGCUUUCCUUUUCUAAUUAAGGAAGAAUACUACUCGAGGGAUUUUAUA